ACGAAAAAAUCAAAUCAUUUUUAAAAAUGAAAAUUUCCGUAAUACUACUAGUAAUCUCGCUGUCCGCCUUCGUCGCGGCAUCGGGGCGUGGCCGUAGUCACAGUAUUACGUGGGGCGCCAGAAGCUAUAGGGAUAUGCAUUUACGCAGGGAAAUCAUUACGGAGAAGUCCAAGUUCCUGCGCGUGGUGACCAGAGAUUAUGUGUUUGACCAAAAAAAACUGGCACGCACCAUCACCCAAAUCGUGAUCACGGAUCAGAUCAGGGAUGGAAAUGGAGGCUAUGCAUUCCUAACUGCUGGUGGACCACAGACCACAUAUGCCAAGAUCCACUUGAAGAGUCAACGGAAUCAGGGCUUCAGUUUCAUCAUCGACAUAUACGGCAUUUAAUUAAAUGGCCCUUAAUGUAUUCCUCUCAGAUUCAUAUGCAAAUACAGAUAGUUUGUUUAUUUAACGACGAGCACAUAUUUACAUACUGAAUAUAUAUCCGCAAGCACACUUGUAUGCGUAUUUAUGUAAAUGGUCAUACAAUUGACACACGCCAAAUGAACUGCAGCUAAUUUGCAGCUGACGUGGGA